AUGGAAUUCACUCUUAAGGAUCUCUUCCUCAAAGGCGGCGGCUUUAUGUGGCCGCUCCUCAUUCUCGCUUUCAUUACCGUUCUAAUCAUCCUCGAAAGAGCCAUCUACUACGCCAUCAGGCAAUACCGGCUCUCCCGCACCAUUCAUGAAUUGCAAAACGGAAGCGCCAUUUCCAAAUCCAAUCCGCUUGCCCGGGUCGGUUCCGUCUUCAUCAAUGCCGCCGCUGUCGGAGAGGAACACACCCUCAACAUCUCCGAACGCGAAGCCUCCCGCAUCAUCCGACAACACGAACGUGGACUCCGGAUUCUCGCUCUCAUUGCCGCGAUUUCCCCUCUCAUCGGACUUCUCGGUACGGUCUGGGGAAUGGUCAUUGCCUUCUCAAAAAUCGCCAAACUCGGCGAAACCGUAACCCCCGCCGAUUUCGCCGAUGGUAUCUGGACCGGACUCCUCACAACAGUCGCCGGCCUCCUCGUCGCCAUCCCCGCCAUGGCCAUGGCAAAAAUCUUCGAAGCCCGCGUCGACAAACUCGUUCACGAUCUCAACGAACUCACCUCACACCUCCGCGAACGCUUCUUUUCCCAGUAA